GGGACGUCCUGGGAGAUUUUGCCAUCUGCUUCUGGAACAUUUUCCAGACGAUUGUGCGGGUCGUAAUAGAGGAUAAUAUAAUUCAUUUUAUCCAAACAAGUGAUUCAAUAAAAAUUGAUCAUCAGAAAAUAAUAGACAAUAACGAGUUAUUAUAUUCUGCAAGCAGAGUGUAUGUUAGUAGAAAUUGAUAUUUCUUAAGGAGAACAUUGAUAAGGAGAAUGUCUACCAAUAGUGAUAGUAUGAACAACAACACUUGUGUUGUAUGUUACAAGAAUGUCGAUGUUUACAGCAUUGGUAUGUGUGAACAUCCUGUGUGUUACGAAUGUAGCACACGAAUGAGAGUACUAUGCUGUCAAAAUGAGUGUCCCAUAUGUCGUCAAGAUUUACCAAAAGUUGUAUUCACAAGGGAAAUAAAAUCAUUUCGUUAUUUACGUAAAGGCAUUUUAGUAAAUACAAGAUACCGUAUUUAUUUUGACACACCUGAUAUUCAAAAUAAAUUUUAUGAGUUAUUGGCCAAUAGUUGCAAUAUAUGUACAGAGAAGCCUGUGUUUAAUCAUUUUAACAGUUUAAAAGAUCAUAUGAGACGUCAUCAUAAGCUACAUUAUUGUGAUCUUUGUGUAGAAAAUUUAAAGAUAUUUUCCCAUGAGAGGCGUUGUUACACAAGGUCUGAACUUGCAAUGCAUAGAAGAAAAGGGGAUAUCGAUGACAAAAGUCACAAAGGGCAUCCAUUAUGUGAAUUUUGUGAUGAACGUUACAUGGAUAAUGAUGAGUUAUUUAGACACUUAAGACGAGAUCAUUUAUACUGUCACUUUUGCGAUGCAGAUGGUUUGCAUCAGUAUUACAGCUCCUAUGACUACCUCAGAGAGCAUUUCAGGCAAGAGCAUUACUUGUGCGAGGAAGGAAUGUGUUCUGAGGAAAAAUUUACAAGCGUGUUUAGGACUGACAUAGAUCUUAAAGCACAUAAGGCAAAUGUUCAUAGUAAACAGUUAAGUAAAGCUGCUGCAAAGCAGGCAAGGAUACUAGAGCUGGAAUUUAUUCUAACACGAGGUGAUAAUCGAAUGAACAGGAGGGGAAUGUCAGGUGCAUCGACUUCCAGAAGUUCAAGAGAUUAUGGUGGGAGAGAUUAUAAUCUCAGGGAAAAUCAACAGAUAGUAAUACCAAACAGUUCAAAUGUUCUUGUAUCAAACAACGAAUCUACUUUCGUAAGGCAGCCUUCUGUAGAUGUACAAAGCACUGAGGAAUUCCCCACAUUGGGCAACACUGCACCUAUUGUACCUACUUUACAUCAAACUAAAGGCAGAGGGAAUUUAACGAUUCGUAGUACCAUACGACCACAGCCCUUGGCUGUUACAGAUGAAAAUUUUCCAGCAUUGGGAUUAGAAUCGUCAGGCACGAGUAUCUCUAAAACCGUUAACUUCAGUGUAUGCAGUGGUAAUGCCUCAGGAUUGAGUGCUCAACCUCAAAAGAGUACAACUUCGAAUGUAUCUAUUCAAGUGAAUCACGAACCAAAUGGGACUGUUACUACAAAAGUUUCAGGUCCCAAUAUUAGAAUUCGUCCUGCACAGCUUUCGAUGAAAUCUGAUUUUCCUGCAUUAGGUUCUGCGGAACCGUCGACUAGUAAUACUAAACAAACUCAAUUAAGGGAAGCUUCACAAUGGAUUUCUACAGAGUCUAAGCAAGCUGCAUUUCCACCAUUGGCACCGUCCCCAUUACGUAUUCCACCUGGGGAAGAUUUUUCAAUGUUAUCAAAGUCAGCCAAAUCAAAGAAACAGUCGACAAUUACAGUAGUACCUUCCUGGGGUCAGCCACAGAGUUCUAAUAAUAGUAACAAUGUAAAAACAACUACUGACCUAACAAAAGGAAAGACAAAGAAGAAAAAAGUUAAACAAAAUUCUAUUACUAAUGGCAAUGAUACUAGUAGUUCGAAAACAAAUGCAAGUAAUGUUGUAAAAAGAGAAAGUGAAACAGCUGAAGCAUCUAAAAAUUCAUGUAGCAUAGACACCAGGAAUGCUGUACAGUCAAGCUCCCAGUCUAUACAAAAUACAGAUAACAUGAGUAACAGUGAAAAUUCGUCAAAAAAUAUAAAUGUACAUCAGUCAAAAGAAACAGAACAAACUAAUAAGAAGGAAAAGAAAAAACAUAAAAACUCGGACAACCAAACGAUUGUAAAUACGAACACUGGUAAAAGUACUUCAAAUGGAGUACAGAGAAAACGUACCGAACUAAAAAUAGAUAGUAUAAAUUCUACUGACAGAAACGUUCGUCAGUUAGAAGAUUUUCCAGCUUUAGGUAGCAGCAGUACCAAACCACCUGGUUUUACAAAUCCACCACCUGGAUUUGGAAUAACGACUCCUCCACCGCCUGGUUUUUGUAUAAAAUAUAAUAACAUGGAUAAAUUGAACAGUAGUAAUGGAUUAACCUUUACAAACAGUUCUGGAGAGAGCUAUUCUAUUUUACCAAAUGAUAGUAAGCACAGUAGUGCGUACAAUUAUGUACCUCCUACGGACUUUCAAAAACGAAACAAAUGCCUUGUGGCUAAAGUCAAUGAAGUUUUAAUGCAACAAGACCAAAUCGAAGAGUUUCGAUAUAUAAGUGGAUUAUUUCGCCAAGGAACAUACAAUGCGCAAGAGUAUUACAUGCAUUGUCGUGAAGUUAUGGGACUCAGCGCUUUUGAGAAUGUAUUUCCAGAACUUCUGGUUCUUCUACCUGAUAUUACAAAACAACAGGAACUGUUUAAAGUACACAAAAAAGAAACUGGUAACAAGAUUCGAGGUUUAGAAAUUUGUACAACCUGCAAUCAAGUUUUGAAAAUUGGUCCUGACUUUCAAAUGCACAUGAAUGGUCAUACAUUAGAAAAUCAUUUUCCAGUGCUUGGCAAAUCCAAUACAUAGUUUCAAAGAAAUUCUUGGAUACAUAACUGAAUGUAAAUGUGUUCCUUUAGUUAACUCACAACCAUUGUCAAGUUUCUAUAAGAUAAAAAUGAAGGAACUAUGCUGAUCAAAUUAUUUUUGUGGAUGGCAUCAGUGUAAUAUAAUCAUUAUUAACCUCAAGGUUACAGUAUAUGGUACAUAUUCCAACCGUCAGCUCCUAGUAUUAAAAAGUUAUAUUGAACAAAUUAAUUGCCAUAUCACAUUUGGUAUUUGUUCGGUGACAUGUCUGAUUGCUGCCUCAAAUAAAUAAACUUUGUUAUCAAAUGGUUGUACUGAUAAUUUUUUGAAAUACGCGUAUAACGAAGGAAGUCAAUAAUUCUCUGUAUAAUAACAAACUUUGUGUAAACUAAUUUAAUACACGCGACGCAUUACGACUAAGAUGUUCAUACAGAAAACUUAUACUAAAAUAUUGUAAUCAAUACCUUGUUUCA